CAUAUUGUAAAACUGCCAAACCUUUCACUCGGGGGUUGAGCAUCGAGAUAUUUUGAGGUUUUUGCUGACGCAAGCUGUAGCCCAGAGAACUCUGCUGUGUCCAAGAUAGUUGCAUUUUGUUCUGUGCACGUAGAGGAAUUGUACCCCAGCCACAAUUUGCUAAUGAAGAAUGCGGUAUCUCCAAAUCAUCUGAUUCGGAUAGUAGACAUUUAAUCCUUUGGAGAGCAAGCUUUAUAACCGGAUGUCUGCGCACCUGACUCACUACGAAAGUGUAUAGAUGUACUGAAAAAUCAUCCCCACUUGGAAGACCUGUCCUGUGAAAAGAAAGCAACCUUGCUCAUAGCUUCUUCUUCACAAGAAAGUGCUGGAUAAUGUUCCGCUUUGAAAUUUCCUGUAACCGUUUUCUGCGGUUAUGGGUAUUGGCUUUAUUAUGCCUUACUCUUGCUGCUGUCCAUUCACAUGCGCAAUGUCCUCAACCUGGGACACAAGGCAAUGCUGUCCCAUCGAGUCCCAUUGAAGAGGAAUAUUCAGAUGGCUCCAAAAUUACUUAUGAGUGCAUCCCAGGUUAUGUGAGACAGAGCGGAUCCUCAACUAUAACCUGCAACAAUGGGACAUGGAGCAGACUGACACUAAUAUGUGAAAAAAAAUCCUGUGGCCCUCCACCUGAUGUGUUAAAUGGACAAUGGGUUGGUAAUGACAUUGAAUUUGGUGCAACAGUUACACUUAAGUGUAAUACAGGCUACAAGGUUGGUGGACGAUUUUCGACUAUGCAGUGUGAGGUUGGCGGCUGGAAUGGGAAUGGAUUUGUAUGUGAGGCUGUGAAAUGUCCUCUGCCCCCUAAUAUCCCGAAUGGUAUAUUCUCACCAAGCGAGGACAAGGAAUAUUUGUUGUACGGGCAAUCGGUUGCUUAUUCUUGUGAGAAGACCUACACCCUUUUUGGGAACUCACAGCUGACAUGUACAGAAAAUGGAACAUAUAAUGCAGAUCCCCCUGAGUGCCGAAAAGUAAACUGUCCACAGCCUGAGGUACAGUUUGGGACACGGGUUGAAGGUGGUCCACCACCCUACGGCCAGAAAUCCUUCAUUGUUUAUAAAUGCAAUGAAGGCUAUGAAAUGAGCGGCUCAUCAAGAAUUGUCUGUGAAGACAAUAUUUGGGUGCCGAAGCCUCCAGUUUGCCAGAAAGCGCAAUGUCCUCAACCUGGGAGACAAGGCAAUGCUGUCCCAUCGAGUGCCAUUGAAGAGGAAUAUUCAGAUGGCUCCAAAAUUACUUAUGAGUGCAUCCCAGGUUAUGUGAGACAGAGCGGAUCCUCAACUAUAACCUGCAACAAUGGGACAUGGAGCAGACUGACACUAAUAUGUGAAAAAAAAUCCUGUGGCCCUCCACCUGAUGUGUUAAAUGGACAAUGGGUUGGUAAUGACAUUGAAUUUGGUGCAACAGUUACACUUAAGUGUAAUACAGGCUACAAGGUUGGUGGACGAUUUUCGACUAUGCAGUGUGAGGUUGGCGGCUGGAAUGGGAAUGGAUUUGUAUGUGAGGCUGUGAAAUGUCCUCUGCCCCCUAAUAUCCCGAAUGGUAUAUUCUCACCAAGCGAGGACAAGGAAUAUUUGUUGUACGGGCAAUCGGUUGCUUAUUCUUGUGAGAAGACCUACACCCUUUUUGGGAACUCACAGCUGACAUGUACAGAAAAUGGAACAUAUAAUGCAGAUCCCCCUGAGUGCCGAAAAGUAAACUGUCCACAGCCUGAGGUACAGUUUGGGACACGGGUUGAAGGUGGUCCACCACCCUACGGCCAGAAAUCCUUCAUUGUUUAUAAAUGCAAUGAAGGCUAUGAAAUGAGCGGCUCAUCAAGAAUUACCUGUGAAGACAAUAUUUGGGUGCCGAAGACUCCAGUUUGCCAGAAAAGUGGCGCAUCAUGUACUGGUUCAUUCUGUACUGAAGUUUACAGUGCCCUUGUUCAGAGAGUUGUGCUGGCGCUGCUCAUACCUGUUGGCCUGCAUCUCUCCCUGUGAGAGCUACUGGCCAUGGUGUGACCUCACAGACAUCCCUUGUCUCCCCGGACAUCCCCAUCCUCACAGCAGAAUGUAAUCCCUUUCUGUCGCACUUUGGAUGCAGUGGAGUCUCUGACCAUGCUUAUAGUUCCACACUUUCCCUAUCUUGCUGAGUGCCACUUAGUUUGAAAAAUCCUUCAAACACACAGAACAUUGUGCAGUACAUUUUUAUAUAAUAGUCUUGUAAUUUGACAAAAAAUAGGAUGAAGAUGAUGAAGAAAUGUAUUUAAUGUAAUUUAUUUUCACUAUUAUUUCAUUUUUUUUAUUUGCCUUGUGUUGUGUUCAGUAUUUACCAGCAUAUCAAUCAGAAUGGGCUGAUUUUUAUUUUGGUUUGAUUCUCUCUCUUUUAUUGACAUUGGGAAUGGGCAUGAUUUGCCGUUAUCCCGAUAGUAUUCCAUGAUCCAUUGUUUUUGUUCUUAAUUGAGAUUGCAGUUUUAUCCAUGGAGAAAUGGAUUCUACAUUAGCAUCUUUGAUUGCACUGUGGGUAUGUCUGCGAGUACUAAAGCACCUUAUGCACCACUGAUUUGCACUAGAAUGGAUGUAGCAUAGCUGGUCCUGUGUACAUAGUCGUUAAGAUAUAGUCGGCAAGGUUUUCAAAACUCCAUGUGCAGAUCAGUUCAUCUCAUAGUGCACUUUUUCUGUUUAAGAAAAAAACAUUUGGCAAUAAUUGAGAUCUGAUAGUGGAAUCUGACAGUCCCUUUAUAGGGUGCACAGUCUUAUAAUCUAUAAAUCUAUAAUGUCAUUUAAUCCCAAAUUUAAAAAUACUCAUAUCUGGAAUAAACUUUCAUUGUACUUCAAGUAUUCUACUUGAGAUAUACCUAAGCAUGCUAUUUUAUUCACAUGGGAAUUUCAGGGGAAAUCUCGAUUCAAAUCCACAUACAUUUACAUUUACAUUUUACAUUUUAGUCAUUUGGCAGACGCUUUUAAUCCAAAGCGAUUUACAAGUGCAUAGGUUACAUGGGUUAAUCUAGGGGUGUCAAACUCCAGUCCUGGAGGACCGUAGUGUUGUUUUUGGUGUGUUUCAGCACGAUUCAGCAGAUUAGUCUUUAAUUGGCUAAAGAGGCCACACACCUUGUUCUCAAGGCCUGCUGAUAGAAAGGAAACCACAAUACCUGCAGACACUGUGGCCCUCCAGGCCCCCCUUUGACACUCCUGGGUUAAAUGGAUUCUUCAUUGUCAUUGUAACAGUAAUUGUUAUACAGGUUCCUCUUUUUCAACUAUGUGCCUCACAUACCUGUGCUUGUUGGAUCAACUGCUGAACUGCCCUUGGAAUUUGAAAUCUGUGAGUCACACAUUGAUAAGAAUGAAUUUGCAAGAGCUGCAUUAUACAUUGUUUAUUGUACAGGGCAGGUCCCACGUUAUCAAGGUCAGGGCUGCCCAACCCUGUUCCUGGAAAUCUGACGUAGGUUUUCACUCUAACCCUAAAGUGGGAAUGACUCCUAAUUUGUCAUUAGUCUCCAUACAAUAGACGUUCUGCCCACACGGAUAUGUUUUUCUGUUGAAAUGAACACCUACAGGAAGGUAGAAGUCCAUGGACAGGGUUGGGCAGCCCUGAUCUAUUGUACUCCCUCAGAGUCAUAAAGGGAUUAAAGUAUAAAGUAUAUAAAAAAUAUAUAUAAAUUUCUCUGUGCUGCUAAUAGUGAAAUAAAUAUUAAGAGCAUUAUUACCAAAUAUUAGCAAGUAUUUAGAGUGCAAGAGUGACAAGUAAUGAAGAAUUUCAGAAUUGGACAGAAAUUACUGGUCUUUUGCCAGUGCUUGGCCAUUUGAAAGCCUGGCAAAACAUACAAAAUGUUACUUUCUGUGCUAGCCAGAAAAACUGCAGAUGUCACCGCAGCAGGAGUAGAGUUGGUAUAUUCAUAAAGAUGUAAAAUCAUUCCAUGGAUGGCAUAUGUUAUAAUGCUGUCAAACAAAUUAAGUAUUAACGCAUAUUAAAUGGUCACUAUUCUUCUCACGUUCCAAUAAAAACCUUUUGAAGUAAACAAA